AUGGAUAAAUUAGUAGAUGAAGUAAAUAAUAAAUUCAUAGCUGUUGAUUGGUAUUAAAAUAGAAUAAAAUUAGUAUUGUUAAUCCUGAUGUAAAAAUAAGAUUUGGAGUAAAGGGAUAUUUUACUUUAUUAUAUGUGAAGGAUAAUAAGACUUAUAAAUUCUAAGGCUAAAGAAAUCCUGAUUUAUUAAUAAAGUUUAAUUAAGAAGACUAUUCUGAUGCUAAGGAGAUAAGUGAUAUUCCAAAAUUUGAACUUUACAAUGAAAAUUUAAUUGAUAAAUAUUUUGGUAAUUUUUGUAACAUAUAAUGAUAUUGAAUAAAUAGCUGUGAUUUUGUUAUCACUUUUAAUAUUUGUUGUAAUAAUCUUAUGUGGAAAUGAUUGUAAGGAAAAUAGAAAACUGGAUAAGAUAGAGAAGGAAUUAUAAGAACAAAUGAAGGAGAAUUGA